AGCAGGGCGCUUUUUGCGGCCGCCAUUUCUUCCGCCUUCAGUCUCGACAUUUUGUAGAGCUUCCAACAGCGCUAUGUUGGGACAGAGCAUCCGGAGGUUCACAACCUCUGUGGUUCGUCGGAGCCACUACGAGGAGGGUCCAGGGAAGAGUAUACCAUUUUCAGUGGAAAACAAGUGGAGGUUACUAGCUAUGAUGACUUUGUUCUUUGGGUAUGGAUUUGCUGCGCCUUUCUUUAUAGUGAGACACCAACUGCUUAAAAAGUAA